AUGAAGAGGCGAGCCUUUGAGGCGAAUUACCCACGUACGUGGCCUCGCCUCAGACUACCCUGUAGUGUCAGGGGGGCGGAGGGCACCGGGAGGUGCGUAAUUCCGCCCAGCUUAGGUCGUUUUAAUAAAACCCUUUACCUUUCAGUAAAGAUAGGACUAUGCCUUAAUGAUACCGAAGGUAUCACCACUUACGUACAGCCUCUGAGGAUUCGAGUAAUCAAACCCGACUCCUGCAGGCCCAUGAAAGCCCGUAGCAAAGAAGAAGCAAGUACCAAAUGCCCCGUCGGCUAUAGUGAAGGUUGCGUUAUAGUACUCGUAGACCUGAACCCCAACCAGGUAACUGUAGCGCCGGAGGAAAGCAAGAGAAUGGUGUUAAGCAAAGGGAGUUCCCACGGGUUGAUAGGUUCAAUACCUGCAGGAGGCCAAGCACAGCCUAGUUCAACAGUAGGUGCUAAUGCAGAAUCAAAGAAGGCCCAGAAUAUAGAGAAGAAGAAGCAGACUUCGGAAACAAUAAACAGAAUGAUCCCCAUAGUUAGGCCACUAGUUAGAGUAGUGAUCACUCCAAUGCUUAAUAAGAGUGGUCCGAUGGCUACCCCAUGGAAGCUCAUUACCCCUGAUAGAGUAGUAGUUAGAAGGGCCAAGGAGGCGCAUAAGGGCCAAGGCGAAGAUUCCAAGAAUCCUAAGGCUCUAGCUCAGAGAGCAAUCUGGUUCAAGGCCAAUCUCCCUUCCUCUGCCCGCGGAUCGGCUUGA